AGCCUCUCUCUCUUGCAAAAUGGCGGCCACAGCUCCCGGCGCGGCUCCUCCGGCGGCCGCCCCGCCGCAGAGCCCGACGGCGGCUCCCACCGCCCCGGCGGGGAGCGCUCCCCCCGCGGCCGCGCCGACCCCUCCCGCCGCGCCGGCCCCGCCACCCGCCGCGCCACUGUCAGCCGCGCUCUCGGGCCCCUUCCCCGGCGGCCGCGUGGUGCGGCUGCACCCGGUUGUGCUCGCCUCCAUCGUGGACAGCUUCGAGCGGCGCAACGAGGGCGCGGCGCGGGUCAUCGGGACGCUGCUGGGGACCGUGGACAAGCACUCGGUGGAGGUCACCAACUGCUUCUCCGUCCCGCACAACGAGUCCGAGGAUGAGGUGGCUGUGGAUAUGGAAUUCGCCAAAAACAUGUAUGAAUUGCACAAAAAGGUGUCUCCUAGCGAGAUCAUCUUGGGCUGGUAUGCUACAGGUCACGACAUCACGGAGCACUCAGUCCUGAUCCAUGAGUAUUACAGCCGGGAAGCACACAAUCCAAUCCACCUCACUGUGGACACAAGUCUCCAGAAUUCACGCAUGAGCAUUAAAGCCUAUGUCAGUGCCCCAAUGGGAGUCCCUGGUAAAACUAUGGGCGUGAUGUUCACACCCCUAACAGUGAAAUAUGUUUAUUAUGAUACAGAGCGGAUAGGAGUGGAUCUUAUCAUGAAGACCUGUUUUAGCCCCAAUCGAGUGAUUGGCUUGUCUAGUGACUUACAGCAGGUGGGGUCAGCCUCAGCCAGGAUCCAGGAUACACUGACCAUGGUGCUGCAGUAUGCUGAGGAUGUGUUGUCUGGCAAAGUGGCUGCUGACAACACUGUUGGGCGCUUCCUGAUGGAUCUUAUUAACCAGGUGCCAAAGAUUUCACCAGAGGACUUUGAGACCAUGCUGAACAGCAAUAUCAAUGACCUACUGAUGGUAACCUACUUGGCAAAUCUCACACAGUCACAGAUUGCUCUCAAUGAAAAACUUCUGAGUUUAUAAAGAAACAUUUGCCACCCUACACUUGAAGGAGCCCGAAGAAUGUGCAGAUACUCUUUUCUGCGGUGUUAGAAAUUUCCUUGGACUCUAAUUUAAUUACCAACACGACGUGGUUUACAUCAUUAUUUCCAUUGCUCUGAAAAAUCCCUACCAUGCUUUACGAAAUUAAUGGGAAUGGCUGCAGUUCAGUCAGUUCAGUUGGGCCUGGUAUUUUAAAAUAUGGAAUAUGAGAAUCUUUUGUCUCCUGGGUUUGUCUACUUGUAUAACAAAAUACAGCUUUAUUGUAAGAAUGUAUUUGGAAUAAAAGUUCCAUUGCAGUGGCAACAAUGGCUUCUGUCCAGAAAAAAAACUUUCUCAUUUAUUGUGUAAUGAAUCCAUUUUUGAAAGAGGGGGGAGGGUAGGAUGGCAUCAAGAAAGGAAGAGUGCAAGUGAGUGAAUUCCAGUUCUUUGCAGGUUCUUUUUCCAACUGUUAAAGCACACUGAAAGUGUGGGGAUUUGUUUUGCAUAUAAUAUGCUUUACCAUGAAGGACUGCAGAAUGGUCUCUGGUUUAUUAGCUGUGUAUAUCCCUUCAGCAGGGUACUGACACACUACAAGACAAUAAAUUUAGUUCAUGGUAUCACUUCUAUGCAUAUAAUUAUUUUCUGAUUGUUUGGGAAAGGAAGAGAUUUGAGGUUAAAAAUUGGGUGCUGCCAGAUAGGAAUUUUCUAUUCCAUAACACUGUAUUUCUGUUAAAAUUAUGUGAAGAAAAACCAAAUUUUCCCCCCAAGACAUAUUUCAUGUUAACUGAGUUCCAACUGGAAGAAAGCCAAUACAAAUAUCAGCUGUAACAUUACCUUUGCUGAGGAGGUGCUCUGCUUUAAAAAGGUUAAAGCAUCCCUCUUCUACAACAAAACUGUUCCCACCUUACUAAUGACUGUAUCUAGUUUGGUGAAUGAAUUUGAAGUAGGCAAAGAGAGUGCUGUCUAAAAUAAUUCUGAUAAUUUGCCAUCUUAAUUCAAGAAUAAGACUCAGAUUACAAAUCUACAGAUCCUGUAUUUGUUGUUCCAAUCUAGAGAGUUCCCCCAGUGACUUAAUGCUAAAUUCUAAUUGCAAGGUCAAUGUAAGUAAAAACUGAAGGUCCAGCAAAGAUUCUCCUCUACUGGAAAUGUUAUUUGUGAGCAUUAAAUAAGUAUUAGAACUCAACUCUGUUUUUUCAUUAGUCUGAAUAAAAAUGUUUUGCUUUCC